AUGCUACCAACACCGGACCAAGUGAAUCCGUGGUAUGCUGGCAUGUUGGUUGUCGGAGGUGUUAUUGGCUACCUGAAGGCUGGAUCGAUUCCUUCAUUGGUAGCAGGAGCGGGUAGUGGCAUCGUCGUCGGCGCAUUCACUUUUCUAGACCUGCCUUAUAAGACAGCUGUUAUUACUGGUGAACUUGUUUCUACUUUGUUGUAUGAGAGUGUCGCUGGUGUUUUGGCCUAUGUGAUGGGAAUGCGUUUCGCUAACUCUCAUAAGAUAAUGCCAGCUGGUGUUAUUGCUUUGGGAAGGUAA